AUUGAGGUGUGAGGGGAGUUUAAGAGGGGAGUUGAUGUGGCAUAACCUGAUUGGGUGUGUGUAAGAGAGGGGACUCCCUCUUAGGGGAGUGCCCCGCUCACCCUAAGCUAUUGAAUUGUAACCCACAUCGGCUUUCCCACUGCUCCCUUCCAUCAAAUCCAUUCUCCCAUCAAAUCAAGAAACUUUCUGAUGACCAAAAGUUAAUCACGACUUUCUUGUUCGGGCCGCGUUACGUUUACGUUUAUGAUUGUUUAUUAGUUAAUGGGUCAAACACUUAUUAUGUUUUAUUGUUUGCGUCAAACUUGGGCCUGAGGCCACGUUUAUGUUUUUCUGUUUGGGUCGUAUAAGUCCAGAAGGUCUCGGGAUUGGAUCAGCUUAGUUUGGGCCCGGUUUAGAUGAAUUAAUGUGAAUACCAAAGCAGCAGUUAUCAGGGGAAACAAGACGUACCGAUUGGCAAGGUAGUUACCACAGACACAUCGCUUCACUAAGGGAUACGUCGUUUCAACAGGCACCGGUUCACAGUGUUAUAUAUAGGGCUGUAACUUUGUUUUUUCAAUACCGAAUUCACUUGAAGUUUAUGAAGUUAUUCGAAGUUAGUCACUGAUUCUGUGCAUUAUAUUUAAUUCGGCAAUUGCAGUAAGUUUGUUUCAUUGUUUUUGUUUACUAUUACAAUGCAAUUCUGCAAACGUUGUUAUUUGGUUGAUUGUGAUUGUGAGUACGAUGACAACCCGGUCCGUUCCGAAUGGUCCUGGGUGUCCGAUGAUUCUGAUACCAACAUUGGUAUCAGAGCCAAAGGUUCAUAGGGAAACGGAAAGGGUUGUGAUCAUGGGGAUGUUUGUCUUCGCGGUAAAGGAAAAGCGGUAGAGAUCGGAAGUAGUAGUAAUGUUGGGAACGUUGGAAAGUGCGGCCGGGGCUGCAACCUUGGGAAAAGAGUUGCGCAGGGGAAGCCAACCAAACGUUCGGUGAAGUCAUCCGGGAAGGAUUAUGCGAAGAAGAAGGUUCCUAAAGGCGUUGGAAAGAAAGUUAACCGGAAAGGGAAGGCACCGGUUGGACGGCCGAGGAAGGCCGGGGUGAUAUGUUUUAUUUGUAAACAAUUUGGGCACAUAGCCUCCAUUUGCCCUAGUAAAUAUAUCAAUUUAGGCCCGUUACCGGACGAAGAUGAUUACUUAGUCGAUGGUACGAGCGGUGGUUUGUUUAGCGAAAUGUGGGUCGUUGAUCCAAGUUUCAAGACACACAUGACCGGGAACCGUAGUUUGUUCAAACGGUUCAAGAGGCAUUUCGGGGUAAUCACGAACGAGAAAAAGAAGAUUUUUUCGUUUGUUCAUGGCGUUGGUGAAGUGAGAAUACCGGUCGAUGGAAGAGAGAAAACGAUUUCGUGUGUAAGUUAUGUACCGAGAAUGGAGAAGAAUGUUCUAAGUUUGGAAAAAUUGUUGUUCCAAGGGAUCGAGACGGUCACCACGGGUGACAAGUGUAUGUUGAAGAGAAUGUUCGGUGCACAAGUUAGGAGUUUCGAUGUGUAUGAAGAAAAAUCAAAUGUUGAUCUAGAAGAGGAGUACUUGAAUCGAUUCUAUGAUCAUUUUGAUGUCGAUAACGGUCACCGGAUGGAGAAGGAGAAACUUAAGGAAUACAUUGAAGAUUUCUAUGAAGAAGAAUUUAAGAAGGAGCGUGAAGAAAAGAAGAAAGCAAACGGUGAAGGUACAUCGGGAACCAAGAAGGAUGAAGUUGUGUUUUCAAGAAAGCAAAAAGUUUGCUUUAUGAUCUACUACGAGGGCAUGAAAGAUAACCCUCGCCAAUCGAAGCAAGAGUUACGUGAAAGGGCGGUGGUCCUUUCCCAAGAUAAAGAUGACGUGAUCGAAAACGGUUUAAUAAUGGAUAGUUGCUUAGAACCGUUGGAUUUGCUCUUGAUGCACGAAGAAUUGGCGGGAUAUGAUAAGUUUUAUGAUGCGAAUUUUGAUGAUGUCUUGAUAUGGUUUUUGCCAAGUUUUCUUGGUAUUGUUAAACCUAGAGACAUGCCACCCAAAUUGCUAGACGGAAGGGAUGUGAAUUUGCUUCUUUUGUACCGGGUUGUGAGUCUCAAGGGUGGAAUUAAAAAGGUUAUUGAAGAUGAUUCGUGGGCUGAAGUUGCAUUAGAGUAUGGGUACGAGAAGGAUGACGGGUUCGAGAUGAAGGUUUCGUAUGUUCACUACAUCGAGCUAUUUGAAUGGUACUUCGACUACAUGAAGAAAAAGGGUGAUACGAACGCAAAGGCUAAAGAGAAAGAUGGAAAGAAGGAUGCUCAAGACAAGGAGGUCAAGAUCGAGGAUGAUGCGGAUUUGGUGAUCACUUUCGUGGUCACCGAUGAUGAAGAUACUUGAAGAAUGUUGCGGGUCAAGAAAGUUCGUGCUUAAGGGGGAGAUUGAAGACCAAAAGUUAAUCACGACUUUCUUGUUCGGGCCGCGUUACGUUUACGUUUAUGAUUGUUUAUUAGUUAAUGGGUCAAACACUUAUUAUGUUUUAUUGUUUGCGUCAAACUUGGGCCUGAGGCCACGUUUAUGUUUUUCUGUUUGGGUCGUAUAAGUCCAGAAGGUCUCGGGAUUGGAUCAGCUUAGUUUGGGCCCGGUUUAGAUGAAUUAAUGUGAAUACCGAAGCAGCAGUUAUCAGGGGAAACAAGACGUACCGAUUGGCAAGGUAGUUACCACAGACACAUCGCUUCACUAAGGGAUACGUCGUUUCAACAGGCACCGGUUCACAGUGUUAUAUAUAGGGCUGUAACUUUGUUUUUUCAAUGUACCGAAUUCACUUGAAGUUUAUGAAGUUAUUCGAAGUAAGUCACUGAUUCUGUGCAUUAUAUUUAAUUCGGCAAUUGCAGUAAGUUUGUUUCAUUGUUUUUGUUUACUGUUACAAUGCAAUUCUGCAAACGUUGUUAUUUGGUUGAUUGUGAUUGUGAGUACGAUGACAACCCGGUCCGUUCCGAAUGGUCCUGGGUGUCCGAUGAUUCUGAUACCAACACUUUCACGCUUGAUCGGAAGAAGGAGAAAGAAUUGCGGAGGAGGUAGAGGGGCGGUGACAACGACCCUGUUACACCUACAGACUGCAACCACAGGAGCACCUCGCCAAUUAAAAUCACUAAACACGUUUUAAUAUCAAGCCUCUAUUAUUCACGAGGGAAGAUACAUUCUGAGCUUAUUUUCACAACUCGAAAGACCCUGUCUCUCACUGUUUGAAGAUCGCCGGAGGAACGCAAAGUCGCCGGAAAAACCCUCUUGCUCUCCAUCGUCGGUAUGCUGCUGUUUUUGCAACUUUAGUUUCUUGUUUGGCUUGCUUGGUUUGGAUUGACUUUGGUUCAAAGCUGCUUGCUUCACUUGCGAAGUGUUUUGAGUGAACAUGGUUGGAACGCAGCGUUGAUACCACUGCACCUACGUUUGCCACCACCGGUGUCCUCUUCACGAAUAGCCACCACUCGCCGUGACAACCACCUGGAAUUGUCGCCGUUUGUUCGAAUCGCCUUCUUUCACUGUUCGACACAACCGCCGGCGACUAUCCUUUAUUCGAGUAUCCAUUGUGAUCGUUGCUGUUGCGAAGUCGCUCAAAGCCGCGAACUACAAAGCGGUGGUUGGUUUCAGCAGCGUAGAGUCCAGCAAUCGACACGUUCUAAAUCAUUUGUUUUGGAUUCGUCUCGCCCAACAAUUAAGAUUAUUCAAAACAAAAAUGGUUGGAGUUCAGAGCAUGUGCUUUUGCAUACAAGUACUAACCGGAGUACAUCAAUUCUACGUACUACUCCAUGUAGUCUCCUGCAAUGGCUAAUUUUGUCACUGAAUAACCACUUUUGACAAGCUGCCAUUUUUCUUUUCGGAAAGUGGAUCCCCAAACGGCUGAGGCAAUAGACCAGUUUAUAAUAAAAUUAAAAGCGUGUGCAACAGGAAGUUCAUCUUUUACUUUCAUUCUUGAUGAUCCUUCUGGCAACAUCUUUUAGUCUUUCCUGUCACACCGUUGCAUUUGAUAAGACAAGGACAUUGAGGACAGGGGAGUAUAUGUGCAAAGCGAUUGAGCCCAUACACGGACAUGAAGCUACCGCUUCUUGUUGCGUUACGACGUGUGAGAAAGAAGCUCUUGCUGUUACUGCUACUAUGGAAAAAGGCACCACCCACCCGAUCGGAAGUCAAUGUCUACUUGAUCUUUAUCAGGGUAAUAUGUGAUCUUCAGUCUUCUAAUGGUAUACACCCUUCCCUUACCAGAGGGGUGCAAAUGCGUCGAGCUACUCAAACAAGCUUGAAACGAGCCGAGCUUAAACGAGCUCGAGUGCAAACCUAAAAACAAGCUCGUUAUGUGUUCACACAGGACCAGCAAGUUAUGGAGCUCUAUUUGUGUUGCGAUUUCUUUAUAGAAAAUAUGACUUUCAUCAACUUCUUUAUCUAAAGUGUGUUACUUAUAGUUUCAAGUCAGAUGAGGAGAGCCAAAUUGCAUACUUAACUUGAGCGAGCCAAUGAGUGAGUUGCCAUAAUUCUCAAAAUUAUGCUACAGAUGCAGUGAGAGAAGCCUUUUUUAGUUUUAUAACAGUUGUUCGUUUGUUGGGGCCUCACAAAACACACACUCAAAACUCACUUAAUAAGAAAGAUGUAAACCUAUCGAUGUGCACUACGGAAAAAAGGUUGUUUAAGCUCAACUCAUCCUGUUCUGGCCUGUUUAAAUCGGCCUUACCAGAAUCUCCGGUUACAGUUUGACCCGUUCGUAAUUUUUUAGUGUACCAAAAUAAACUGGGUCAGGUUGGGUUGACCCGCAAACACUUUUGUCUCUUUUUAUUGACUUUUUUGAUCAUUUUAAACAGUAAUACAAAAUACAAUAGCAAGCUAAUAUAUCAUAAAAUAAAAAGAUUUAAGAGGUUGGGAAAUUUCUUAUUUAACCUACAUCAAACCAUUUACAUGUACAUAUACUUUUUAAAUAAAAGGCCAUCUGGAAUUCCUUAAAGACAACUUAUAAGCAAAAGAUGUGAAAUUUGUUUCUGAUUAGUGUGCAAAAUUUGCUUUCAUUUGUGCACUCACAGACAAACUUGCUUUAAAAAAAAUCCCAGCAUGUUAUUCAUGCCAUAAUUAGGAUUUAAGAACCCCCACAUACAAUAUGAGAAUUUUUAUAACUGGUCCCUCAAAUUGGGGGGUUCAACCCGACCUAAACUUGCUUUAAAAAAUCCCAGCAUGUUAUUCAUGCCAUCUCUCUAUAUUAUGUAUGAGUAUGCUAGAUGGGUGACUAAAUGCUAUUUGUUAACAGGAUUCGUUCGAAGAUGACAAGUCAAAGAUUCUUAUGAUAUUAUGUGCAAGCCCGGAUCCAAAGGAAAUGCAUAAAACAAUAUCGACAUUGGAAUACGGUGCAAAAGCCAAAUGCAUCGUGCGUGGGCCUCAUACGCCAAUUAAGGGAGA